AUGUCUCUACCGGCACCGUCUCUGUUAGCCCAGCUCCCACGGCCGCUGGCCAAUGCCGGUGGGAAAAUCCAGUUCGGAGAGGCCUAUGGCAUCCAGGGUUCGAAGAAGCGCAAGCGGCAUGAAAUCACAGCUGCCAUCGAUGGCGAGGGAGUCAAUAUAUACAAUGCUCAAUUCCCGAAAUUGGUAGCUUCCUAUGCAAUUCCGCCUCAGGCAUCACAUUCAUGUCCGCCAUGCUCUAUACGGCAGAAGCUCCCAGGAAACUCAGGGAUCAAGAGACAGACAUACUGCGCGGUAGAAACUUCAGGAAUGGAAAUCAAAUGUUUCGUGGAUGAGAUGGUUUCCGGCAGAAGCACGCCAAAUAUAUCUACCGCUUCUUUCCCCAUUAAAGACACUGCCAGCAGACCCAUUUUUGUGGGCACAAUCCCUACGGACAGUCCAUCUGAGAAGGACUCUGAUACCUUUGAUGUCAUCGUUGUACAUCAGGACGGCCGGAUAAGAAGGCUUUCUUUUGAUUUAAAGACAGAAAGAUGGACCAUUCGUUCGGAAAGCACAUGGUCUUCCCGUGAGCUUGCAGCUUGUUUUACCGUGGGCUUCGAGGACGCACGCAAAUUCCUUUUCCGCAAGCGUGAGGAUGUAGUAGCGUCUGUCCUGGGCGAUGGAUUUGGAACAGAUCCUAGCAAUUCCACCAUCUUGGUUUUGGUAGCACAUACCACUUCUGGGGCGUUUCAACUCAACGAUGUACAGGUUAUAUUCUAUUCGAUUUCUGCCCAGUCUCAUACUGGCAAAUUUCAACUCCAAGCCCCCGAGCCUCUGAAGCAUCUAAUGACAUUGAACCUACCAGUGCAUCCAAGCCAGGACUUAUUGACCGCUCAUAACUACCACUGGAGUGCCAACUUUGUUCCUGGCGAACUGUCUCUAUCAUCCAAAUCCGGAUUCAUAAGCUUCGAUAUUACCCAAUUUUCUCCUAAGGUGUCAUCGUGUGUCAUAAUAGAGGACGAAACUUUUUCCUCUAUCAUGCGCAUAUCCUCCCACUCUAUCAUUGCCGGUGGUAAAUCUACGCUCUCUGUUUAUGAUACGCAUUAUCAAUCACUCCAGGCAUCGCUGCCAUUGGCCGAAGUUUCCAAGUCCGCAUCAAGUAAAAAACAGGAUGCUACGAGCUCUUUGGAAUUUAUAUCCCACUUUUCUAAACUUGAUGUCUUGGUGGCAGCAUACGGCAGCAGUCUCUGCAGCUUUGACCUCGCCUCUAUUCACAAUGAACGACACGUAUCUAGAAAACGGCCGAGAAGGAGCCUUUUGAUCGAUUCUAUAGGAAAGGGAAUUACAUCAGGAACUAGUGAGAAGAAGACGUUGGCAAUCAAAGGGCCAACUAUGGAAAAUGUCCUUUCAGAAGAACGGCCGACUGAUCAGUUGAAUGAGUUGAAGAAGGAGCUUGCUUCCGUGACAAAUCGAUCCACGUUUGAUGCUGUUGUUAAGGCAAAACUUUGGGGCAAGUCAGAAUCUUCUAAAGAUAAAGGCGACAGCAUUCCACCGGGUGGCGCAUUCAUUGAUCCAGAAAACAUAAAAUUCAUUCUAACGAGAAUGUUUAAACUCAAGACAAUCGCCGACAGGCCGACCAACGACUCAGCGGCAGUCAAACUUAUUGCGGUGCUGAUCCCCCCAAUGACGUUUAAGUGGCUUGUCAAGUCAAAGCAAUUAAAUGUCGCUAAUAUCGAAAAUGCUUUGCGGCAUUCUAACGGCCCUCACAGUCUAUCCAAAAUCCCACCUGGCGCUUUAAUCAAGGCUCUGACUUCUUACGACCCAUCUAUGAAGUUAUUGUUAACAUUGCUGGGGGGACCUGGGUACCUAGAGGCCACGGAACUGGCACAUGCCCUUUGUGAACUGCUCAAUGUUGCUCGUCAACAGUCAAAUGUCUCUGAGUCUUCUCAAAAGUCGGUUGCGGAGGCUGCCCAUGUCGAGUCCCCAGACAACGCAACCAGCACAACAGAUAACAAAGAAGUACCAACUCCAAGCCUAAUUCUUGUGAAUGCAAUCACAGGCUUGAAUUUGGCCCUCAACAAAUUGCAUUCGCAUUCGUUGAGCUAUGUUACCAAAUCUAUCCGAGCUACGCUGUCGAAUACCGAUGUUCUUUCAAUCAUCCAUCACCUCCGUUAUUCCCUUGCCACCGGCGGCCAUACUUCCCGCUUCACGGAAGUACCCCCGGCAGCCUUUGCUAAUUCCAAAUUUCCGUCUUUGUCUCUCUCCGUAAUCGUUGAUCUGCUUACUGCCUGUAUUGACGCUGUUGGGCCAAGUGGAUGGAUAUCAGCAGCUGGAUUUGCGGGCGCUGCAGGAAGCGAAGCAUCCCUUAUUGCAGAUAUGAAGAGUGAAGUUGCAGCCACUCUUACUGCUAUUGACGAAGCUACCUAUUUGAAAGGGAUACUACGAGAAUUUAUACGGUGCUGUGAAACUUCUGUCCAGCACUCGGCUGCCGCAUCCAAAUCUCAGCGUGCCAUUGGUAAUGGCACACCAUCGAAGACGCAUAGUGCAAAACUCAAGCGAAAAGAGUAUCAUCACGGAGCUCGUAUCCUAGUUUAUGACGUCCCUGAGGAUUCGGCUGCUUUGGAAGGAAGUGAUUCGAAGAUGUUGCCACUCUCUCUCAAAAUAAGUGGCCCUCAGUCCGGGGUUAACAACGAUGAACUGUCCAAAAAGAAAGUAUAUAAAUCCACCGGCGAAAUCCGAUCCAGAAGUGGGAGAGAGAUUGCUCACAAUAAGCACAAGGCUGUUGGCAAAUACUCUUUUGAGAGGAUUGUUAUUUAG